AUGGCAGAAAGAGUUGAUCUCGGAAUUCAUAGAACCUUUCAGAACGAACCAAAUAAUCACACCUUUCGACAAGGAGGAAGUGAAAGGAAAAAAGAUAACUUUACACGAAUUUCAUCCGAUACACAAAUUGCAUCCGAUAUGGCUUACCACCGUUUACGACACCUGGGCUCUCCUCUGGAGUCACGCUUUCCGUCCUUCAAGAAAGAUGACGCUAAAGGCGCAAGUGAAUUAUUUGAUGAGAAGUUUGGAACUGUUGGCGGAAAGUUUGACAACAAUUCAACUGGAUCAAAUGUUGCGACCAUCAACAGUGAAUAUAACGUACUCGAGAGAGACUUCGAAACGAAAGGGAAUAACGUUAAUGUGGGCAUCGGAUGUGGACAGUGUCCUAACCGAGGAACAAUUAAAGCUUUGCAGUCACGAUUUGGGAAAUUGCUCAGAAUCGGUUCCUUGGGAGGCGAUGCGUGGAAACCCACAACCCCCUCAAAAACGUGUCAUCUUGUACACGCGCACUCUCGCUAUACCAAGGAAGGUUCAUCAAUCAUUAAGAAUCAAGGAUCCAUGUCUCAAGUGCCAGUAUGUGAAAAAACAGAUGGAACAGCAUCACGUUGCAGAGAUACAUCCAUGUUAGUUGAUAAAUUUGAAGAUAUCUCUCGUAUCGCAACCUUGCUUAAGUUUGAAAUUCUUGAUGAAGACCCAAAAGAAUUAACUUACUAUAUAACAUGUAUUGCUAAAUUCUACUUCGAUCAUAUAAUUAUUAUCGGAGAGACUAACUGUGGAGUAAUCUUUCUAGAUUGUUAUGGUCGUGUAUUUCUGUGGGAUGAUGAAAAUUUAUUAUUAUGGCCACUUGGAAAUUCUCCUGAAGAAGCAUCAAAGUAUACAAUUAAAGGGAAAGAUCGAUUGGGAUGGUUCGUAAAAAAUGGAAUUGUGUAUGAUUAUAUCAAGAAACCUCAAUGUGUAUCGUGCAUUGAGAAGCAACUUCUACAUACCAAACCCAGCACAUGUCCAUUCACCGAUUGUGGGAAGACUGUCGAUAUUAUUAUGGACCCAAAUUCUAUUAGGAGAGGUUCGCAAGCAUCAUCUCAUUCAAGUGGGACUUCGGCCUUAACUAAUUUGAUCGGUGAAAAGUUUGUCCUGAAUUCACCAGCCAUACCGGAAGAAGGAAGACAAUCAGUUCCAAUGGACGUGGACCCCGAUGGUAAUGUAGCACUCAUGAACGUACUAUUAUCAGGUGGGGAGCAAAGAUCGUCCAAGACUACUGGGGUCGCUAAAGAAACUUCUAACCAAGCAACCAACCCUAACAAUUCCGAAAAUUUGGAUGACUCGAUUUCUUCAAAGGAUACUAGCGGUCAAAUCCAAUAUCCUAUAUGUGAAAAAUGCUCCGAAGUCAUCUCCAUAGAUUUCCAGAAAGAUACCGUAUUUUUAUCCUGUAAACAUGCUGUGCAUUUAGAUUGCAUUAACGAUCUACGCAAAAGAUGCCCUACCUGUACUUCAGCCGAUGAUAUGGAAUUGUUUCCAUAA